AUGGCCGCUAUUGAUACUCGUCCUCUGGUCACUGUCUGCGGAGCUACUGGUGCACAAGGCUCGAGCGUUGCCCAAUAUCUUCUUCGCGAUGGGGGAUACCGAGUCCGUGUACUCACCCGGAAUGUCGACAGCGAGAAAUCCCAAGCCCUGAAGCAGCAAGGAGCGGAAGUCUUCCGCUGCGACCUUGGGGAAAUAGACCAAGUCACAGCAGCGCUUGACGGUGCAUAUGCCGUUUUUGGACUGACCAACUUUUGGGAGCAUGGUGAAGAAACCGAGGUUAGGCAAGGAAAAAAUCUGGCUGAUGUUGCCAAAACGUGUCGAAUAGAGCAUUUUAUUUGGUCAUCUUGUCCACAGAUCGAUGAUAUUGGAGCUCCGCGUCACUGGGUGUCCAAGGUCUGGGUUGAAAAUAUCUUCAUGAGAUUGGGAAUUGCUUUCUUUCCUGUGAAGAGGGUCUCUGAUGACUCUCUCAUUCUAGACUGGUUUAUUCAUAGUGAUACCCACAUCCCCUCGUUCUCGGUUGAAGAGUUAGGUGCUUGGUUCUUGGUUGCACUGAAGGGCCCUGAGACGUGGAUUGGAAAGCAGAUGAAAGUCUGCUCGGAUAUAAUCAAUCCUCGUGAUUGUGCAGCAAAACUCAGCGAUGCACUCGAAGUGAAAGUUGGGUUGAAGGAGGUGAAUGCGGAUGCCUUCGAAGCUUCCCGGCCCCACGUACCGGAUGACGCGUGGCUCAACUUUAGCAAGGGUGUUGCUGUGCUACUUUCGGGGUCCGUCUCGAUUUGGGCUUCGUUUGUCGACAGCUUUAUGGACUUUUUGAGUACCGUAAUCGUCAUAUGGACUACAUACGUGUGUCCAGCGUUAUCUCUAGUUCUAAAAGGAAGGGAGAUCAAGGGAGGAAGAAGUAUCGUAUGUGCACCUAUAUACAAAUUUCGUAUUACCAUCCCUCAUUCUUCCAAAGCAACCGGGAAACAAAGAAUGGAGCCAUUGGGAGUCGUCAUAUUCUCUGUUUUUAUGAUUGCCAUGUUUCUUCAAGUUGGCGUGGAAGGUUGCAAACGACUUCUUAGCGGAUCCAGGGAAGAAUUUUCUCUUGAUAAAACAACAAUCGCCAUCAUGGUUGUUACGAUUGCUACUAAAACAGUCGCAUGGCUACUCUCGGCGCAAAUCAAGUCGAACGGUGUACAAGCUCUGGCACAGGAUAACAAAAACGAUGUAUUCUUUACGACAUUCUCGGUGAUUUUUCCGGGUCUCGCAGGUGCGACGAACUUGCCUUGGCUAGAUCCUUUGGGUGGUAUCAUUCUCUCCCUGUAUAUUAUUAUUGAGUGGACCGAAACACUAAUGCUCAACUUCAGACAAUUGAGUGGUCGGGCCGCUGACCCUGACGAAUACCAACGAAUGCUCUAUCUCAUCACCCGAUUCACGACCCCUCAAGUAUCCUAUCUCGAAGUGUACCACGCAGGCACAGAACUCAUCUGCGAGGCCGACGUCCAGUUCCCCAAACAAACGUCAUUUGAGGAAGUGCAUAAUGUGUCCGAGGCUAUUCAGGUUGCGUUGGAAUGCCUCGAAGACGUCAAUCGGGCAUACAUACAUGCUGACUUUACAGUGUUGAAUCCUGCAAGCCACGUUCGUCGCAUCAGUUAG